AUGGAUCUGCCGACGGCCCUUUGCAAUGGAGUACCUACCGAGCUGGCCGAACACUUCCGGAAGGGCUUCCCGGCCAAUUGGAAGGAGCUGGUCGAGGACUACAUGGCCGACCACGACAAAUACGCCCUCGGGGCAUUUGACGAUGUAGUUAAAUUCGGGCUACCGGCCAGCCUGGCCAAAACUUUUGCUCAUGGUCUCCCGGAAGACUGGAAAGAGAGGCUUCUCGACAUCUAUCAAAAAUACGUCCGGCCCCAACUUGAUGAAUCUGAUGAUGAAGAGGAACCCGGGCAGAAAACUUCAAAAACGCCGCGAUGUCUCUUCACACCCGUUCGUGUGUCUAAGCCGAGGAAGUCCCUUGGAAAAGCGGAUAAGCCCCCAAGCCGGCCUAUUCUGGCGUUUUCCGACGACGAGCGGGAAAGUGACGAAGAAGCCUCACCUGUGAGACCGCCGAAAAAGAUCGAGGAGAACAAUACGCACCGAACGAAGGCCAAUGUGAAGCAGGCGAAUCAAGUCAACACUUCUCAUGCUGCCAAGAAACCGGCUUUCUCGACGAAGCGCCUAUCGACGCUGGACGAACAUGAAGAGGAAAAUCGCUCAACCUUUGACGCCGACGGAUUCCGAAUCCCGAAGGGCCGGGCGUCAGUGGGAAACCGGAAAUCUCUGAGCACGGCAGAGGCUCAUCAGUCCUACAUCCCGGGUGUGACGGCGGUUGAAGACGUGAAGACAACAAG